AUGUCUAAAUUCAAGUUGGAGUUUGGUACGGGCGGUAGCAGUGACAGGGGUAGUGGCAGCGGCUUGCUGGUGGGUCUGCCACUGACUGCGAAGUCUCUUGUACUUCAUUUCUGCAGAGUGUUCCACACCUCAUUAAGGAGGGCGGCAUAUGCUGAUACGGCCGCACACUUCCUCCGAUGGCCAUUUAUGCCAAUCUCCACAGUCAUUCCCCACAUCAGAGAUCAGGGUGUCAAUCUGAAGUACAUACUCACAACACACAACCACUACGACCACGCGGGCGGUAAUUCGGAGAUGGCCAAAACAUUCCCGGAUGCAGUUGUCGUGGGUGGAAAGGGAGACAAGGCAGAGGCCGUUACCAAGGAAGUGUGGCAGGACGACCAGUUCAGUAUGGGCACAUGUGUUGUGAAAGUUAUCAGCACUCCCUGUCAUACCCCCGGCCAUGUGUGCUACCACAUCCAUGAUGAAGAGGACAGUGCAUCAGGUGGCAAUGUCUUCACUGGUGAUACCCUUUUCGUCGCGGGCAGUGGCAAUUUGAACUCAGGGACCCCCAGAAUGAUGCACGAUGCCUUGUGCAACAAGCUAGCCCACCUCCCCGACGAUACCAAUGUGUGGGUGGGCCACGAGUAUACGAUGAACAACCUGAAGUUUGCCGUCACGGUUGAGCCUGAGAAUGAGGCUCUGCAGAACAAACUCAAAUGGGCACAGCAGCAGCGCGACCAAGGCCUGCCCACGGUGCCUUCAACGAUCAAAGAUGAGAAGGAAACGAAUCCAUUCGUGAGAUGCACGCAACCGUCAGUUCAAAAAUGGGCAGGUACGACUGAUCCCGUCGAGGCUCUCGCUACGGUCAGAAAGCGCAAGUCAGCCUGGAGAGGUUGAAUAUAUGGACGUUUAUUAGGCAAAUAAACAGCUACUUACGCAAUCAACAAA